AUGUCUCGAAAGACCAUCUUCUUGAUGGGGGCUCCCUUGCCCGGGAAUCUGGACUGGGAUAAUGACGAACUUUUAAAUACACCGAUGCCUCCCUUUCGUGGUGAACAUGCCGACAAAGAGCUUCGGUCACCAGUCCAGCAGCGCCCCAUCAAAUGGAGGGUGUUACCAUCUUUACCGGUCAUUGACUCGGCAAAGGACCUGGAAUACCACGAUAGCCCAGGAGAUCCAGCCUUCUUCACCACACAUCAGUUGGCCAUCAACAAUGCGACACAGGCGGACCAAGAAGACUCGGCACUCUCACAGUUCUACGACCAUUCCUUUGCGGUUCAUGAAACAUCCGAGAUAUCUGUCUCUGGUCUGCGUGUUGAAUACUCGAUUGAAGAAAGCGAUCUGUGUGGGAAAACCAUGGAUACCUUGGACACCAGUACUACCUCUUCAUCAGGUCCGGCAGAUGCGCCGGGGCCAGCUCCCUUGCUCCGGAUUCCUCGUCUCAGCGACCUGCAGGAUCUUCCCACUGCAAGAUACCUCGAAUCUAUUGCGCCCCAGACAAUGACGGUGAAUCUGAUUGCAGGGGUCAUUGCCGUGCAACCUCGUCGCCGCGUGGUGACGCGACGAUGGAAAAAAGAAUUAGACAUUAUCGAGCUUGUGGUUGGGGACGAGACAAGAACUGGGUUUGCCAUAAAUUUCUGGCUUCCGCCGAAAGAGCCAUUUGGUCCAACCCAUGAGGGGGGUGACCUCGGUCAAUCGCUGGCGACUUUGCGGCCACAGGAUCUCGUGUUGUUGCGGACCGUAGGGCUGAGUUCAUUCCAAAACCGAGUAUAUGGACAGAGCCUGCGCAGAGGAAUGACCCAGAUUGAUCUUUUGUAUCGACGACCUGUGGAUGCCGUGGAUGCAGGGGGCUUUUACAGAGACACUAUCUACCGCUCUCCCGACCAAGUACCACCAAAGGUUCGUCGAGUGCGAGAUUGGGUGAUACAAUUUGUUGGUGCAACGGAUCAAGCAGGCGGUGGCACAUCUGGAAUGUUUACACAACGUGGGCAGCUGCCUCCGGACACGCAGUAG